UAUCAGUUCGCAUGAAGCUAUGGCUAACCACUUGCGUAGGAGGAACGCACCGUAUCUACACCGUGGGUCGCUCCUGAGGUGUCGUAGUUCUCUCGCUGACGUCUCUCUGAUAUGCAGGCAUAGACGAGGACAUGGCCUACUACCCUACACGAGCAUCUCGACAGGUGGUGAGCUCAAGAGAGCAGAUCUUCCAAGGUGCCCAGACACGGCAACACGCAAUCAUUCCGCAGCAAGUCCUGCUGAGAAACGAAUCAAAUAUGACAGAGUAUCAGCGCGCGAUGCCGCUUUCCAGUGUUGCGUUUCAUCCCGGCAUAUGGGAUGCACUCGACCUGAUCGAUGGACGGUGGCCGGGGCCGCAGAAGAUGAUCGCGGAGACGAAUGCCUUUGAAAGGGAGGUUGAGGCGAGAGAACGUCUUGAAAAGGAAGCGAAGACGUACACAUACGAUGGCUUCGUGAGUAUACAAAGACCAUGUGCCACUCCGGACAGGAGACUGAUGGACUGGCAGUGGCACUUCGGCGGCGCGACGAUGCCUCCCACAGAGACUAUGGCGCAAGCUUCCGCGAGGACCGACGCGCCGGGACCAUCUGACCAAUACAAUAUCGAGGCACCUCCUGUCGUGGUGUCGACAGGUGCGACGUACGACAACACGAACACUGCGGACGACUGGGUAGAUGGAGAUAUUGUCGAGACGUCGACGACUCUCGACGAGCAGGAGGCGUUGUCUUCGCCGACAACCUCGUCUUCGAGCGCAGAAAACUCGGAGAUGUGGAGGGUGCUCGAGCGGGAGCACGAAGAGGCGUUCCGCGCCAGCCUGCGACAGCUGGCUGCGUGCAACGCUUUGAGCGAGCUGCGACGCGCGACCCUCGCGGAGUACUCGUCCUCCGAGGGCGAGCUGGCGUCCCCGUACUGAAGCCCGAUCGGUAAGUCACUUGAUUGCAGUGCGAUAGUACGGUCCAAGUGCUGAUACGCUCGCGUUCCAUGUAGGCACAUACGGAGGGGACUUG